GACUGCUUGCGCUGGAUGACGUGGAGCAUGAGGGAAAUAACUUUGACUGUCUUCGUCGUUAGAUAGUUAAGGAAGAUAUUGUCGUCUAAAACUACCAUAUUCUAAAACAAGACUGUAAGGAAAGUUCCAGUCCUAUCUGGUUAUAUUCACCGGUAAUCGGCAAAGCUGUUCUGUCGAUUGUUAGCUUGAAAGCUCAAGAUAGCGAUUGGAGUAAGAUUUGUCAUACUGUGGACUUCCCACCAAGUUCUGCCUUGGUCAGACCCUGAAUGAGCUCUGGAGACUUUUCUGAACAUGGCAAGCCCAGAUGAUUUGAAGUUUCAAGAGUUUCAGGAGGCCACAGACCUGCUGUCUGCAGACCCUGGUGCCUCCACCCUCAGUGCCUCCAGCCACAGUGGGGCCACAGGAGCCUCGUUGGGGGACGUUAAAGUCGACCUGUCUGAUGAUGAAGAGAACCAGCAGGAGAAUUCAGAGCUGCUAGGAGGUGAAAAACGAACAAGUGGUUUCUGGACCUUUGAAUAUUACCAGUCCUUCUUCAAUGUUGAUACAGUACAGGUACUGGACAGAAUCAAAGGAUCUCUUAUGCCUCUACCAGGACGAAACUUUGUCAAGCACCAUGUCAGAAAUAAUCCAGAUUUAUAUGGGCCAUUCUGGAUUUGUGUGACCCUCGUGUUUUCUAUGGCAAUCAGCGGAAACCUGUCCACCUUCCUGAGCAACCAGGGCAACCCCAGUCAUCAUUACAGGCCACAGUUCCAUAAAGUUACUGCAGCUGCUGUGACUGUGUUCCUGUAUGUGUGGCUGGUGCCUUUGGGUGUGUGGGGCUUCCUGACAUGGAAACGAGGAACAGAGAGACAGAUCAGUAGCUACUCCUUUUUAGAAACUGUGUGUGUCUAUGGUUAUUCCCUCUUCAUCUACAUCCCUACCUCGAUGCUAUGGAGCAUUCCCUUUGAUUGGUGGCAGUGGCUCUUGAUGGUUGUUGCCAUGAUGAUCUCGGGCAUGGUGCUGGUCACUACUUUCUGGCCCAUUGUGUGUGAUGAAACCAAGACAACGGCCUUUGGGACUAUGGUGGUUAUUGUGCUACUCCACGCGCUGCUGGCCGUUGGCUGUAAGCUCUACUUCUUCCAGACAGCUGACGUAGUUUCACCUACACAGCCUCCCAGUAUUGUGGGGAAUAACACUGCAGCGCUGACCAGUAUGGCUAAACCACACUGACUGAAUGGCCCUCACACGCAAGACGUAGACAUCAGCGCCGAGGCCUCUCUCACUGUGCAUGCUCGCUGACUACCACCCAUCACACGCAGGCCAACCUCACAGGCGUCUGAUCUGAGCGGGCACUGGGAUUUUGAGAAAAUGCGGUUUUAACCAAUGUUAUCAACAUCUGGAUUUUUGAAAUUUGAUUCAACCAUUGGGUUUAUGCUCAGUGACCAAGAUGCAGUAUGUGUGCAGUCAGACAAAGCUGUUGGCAGUGUAGUACUACAGACGUGAACAUGUUUCUUCAGAAUAGCUCAUUACUCCUUACAGAGUUAGCAGUAUUCAGGUGUUGUCCCACAUCACACAGUCCUGGAUGCCCAUUCAGUGCAAUGUAGAUGCAUGGGCUAUGCUACAGUAAAGGUGCUGGACAGUUGAUCAGGGUUGGGGAGGGGCUUUCCUGUAGAUUAAUUCCUUUGGUUAAUUUUGCACAUGUAGAUGACUAAAAAGCAACUUAAAUUCUCACGACACUGAAUGACUCAAACCAUUGGGGUUGAAUAUUGAAAUAAUCAUGUGCGUGUGGACACUGCUGAGAUGCUGUGAAUGAUCUGAUUUCUCCUUUGGCUUGGCUUUGGAGCUUUUUCUUGUGUGUUUACAUUUAUUUUUAAACAAUAAUUUUCCUUUGGGUCAGUUUGUAAAUGUUUAUAUAAUUAUUUAUUUAUUUCUCUUUCCUUCCUACAUCUGUCAACUUGUGACUGUACUGUGUUGCAUGAAUAAAGUCAUUCCCAUAGACUCUGGAAGUGUGUUCAGUUUUGUCUCACAUACCAAACUGGUAUUAUACUCAAGUUUAUUUCAUAGCAUGGUUCCACACACAGGGUUCACUGAGUGUUAAGAAACGAUGACUUGUUGACUACAGGAAUGCGACUCCAGAGGUAACAAA